GUGUCGACAGUGUUCAUUCAUACAGAUUUGCAUACAAGCGUUGACACUACCAGCACGGGGACCAAAGGAAUGUGCAGUCACCUCAAUCAAAAGGACACCUGUUAGUCGUUGAAACGCCAUAUCUGAGGCUAAACGACCCGCCAGUUUAUGUGUGGAUUUCACGUAUCUACGUUUAGAUUUUGUCAAGCUUAAGUCCGAACGCUGAGGAAUUUCCAGUUAUCGACCCGUGUGUUGAUAGAUCUACCGUCGUGGCGAUCAGCGUUGUGUGGUCGGAACAUGGGUCUCGGACCUCAGGUCAGGAUACAUGUGUGACCACUAUUGGUUGACUGGACAUCAACAUUGAUACCAACCUGCUCCUAUGGAUGCUAAAUGUUGACGAUGUAAGCAAUGAAAACAGCAGCAGCUUCCAAAUACCAUGUCAAUCAAAAUGAGUCAUCAAAUCGGACAAGGAGUCGUCGGGACAGUAGUGAGAAGAAGUAUGAGGAGGUAGCAGUUAUCGGUAAUGGGGCAUAUGGGACCGUGUAUAAGGCCCGUGACCUCAAGUGUGAUGGACAGUUUGUGGCCAUGAAGAAAAUCCGGAUCCCCAACACAGAGGAAGGCAUGCCCAUGAGCGCCAUCAGGGAGAUCGCAUUGCUGAAACAACUGGAGAAAUAUGAACACGAAAAUAUUGUCAGGCUUCUGGAUGUGCGUCACACUCCCGUGACAGACAGUGAGAUACGGCUGACGCUGGUGUUCGAGUACAUCGACCAGGACCUUGCAACCUACCUGGAGCGUUGCCCCUCCCCGGGGCUCGGACCUGACCGGAUACGGGACUUGAUGCACCAGCUGCUGAGUGGGGUUGACUUCCUGCAUGCCCAUCGUAUUGUCCAUCGAGAUCUCAAGCCUCAGAAUGUCCUCAUCACAAGUCAAGGUCAACUCAAGUUGGCAGAUUUUGGUCUAGCCAGGAUUUACAGCUUCCAGAUGGCGCUCACAUCAGUGGUGGUGACGCUGUGGUACCGUGCCCCGGAGGUGCUACUUCAAGGCCAGUAUGCAACGCCCGUCGAUCUCUGGAGCUGUGGUUGUAUAUUUGCUGAACUUUUCAACAGACGACCUUUGUUUUGUGGCCAAUCUGACGUCGACCAGUUGAUAAAGAUAUUUGAAGCAAUUGGACUGCCAUCUGAACAUGAGUGGCCAGAAAAUGUCUCGUUGCCAUGGAAGUCAUUCCGAUCAGUUGCCCCGCAACCCCUAGAAAAGUUUGUUCCAGAAAUUGAUCAUCAGGCCAAGGACCUCCUGGAGAGACUACUUACCUUUGACCCACAUCGACGAAGUAGUGCCAGUGCUUCACUCCGUCACCCAUACUUCCGGGAUGACCUUGACAGUCUCCGUACUUCCAGCUCUCUUUCCACGUCAGAAAAUGAUUCCUUUGACACAGAUGGACGUUCAGACACACCGGUCAGCAAGUGAGAUGGUGAGACAAGAGUUGCCACCCUUCCCAUGUGUCCUGAUCUGCAAAAGUUGACCAAGGCAAUGUUAUCAAGAUUGUGUAUGAAAAAACCCCAACAUUUUUUAAAACUAUUUUGCUCAUUAAUGA